GACGGUUUCAGGCAGAGAUAUAUAUUGACCGCCCGACGCCCACUGCGCCCGCGAGCUCCCACCUUUUCUACCGGUCCUUGUCCUUCACGUCCUCUUAGUCGAUAAAUUACGUGACGGUCAUCCCGCGGCCAACGACCUUGUCAGACCUGUCGUUUCUCACCCCCCUUCCACCAUGUCGACCACGGCGACCCCGAGUCCCUCCGCCAAUGUAAGCUCGUCACAAUCGCACUCAGCAACAGCGUUGGCUUUAGGCAUCUCCCUCGCUGUCGUUGCAUCUAUCGUCUUCGGCGGCCUUGCGGUCUACUUCGUGCGGAGACAUAUGCGGCGGAAGAAGGCUCAGGAGCGCGUCGAGGAAAUCUCGUCACAUAGGCGGACAUACAUGGUUUCAGUCGACCCUUCGCAUCUCGCUGCAAGGGUAACGCCUUUCGGGGUUGGGGUGAAUGCGCCGGACGUUGAGGUGCCAAAGUUCGUGCACACCCCUGGGGAGAAUAUGCGUGUCGCGUAUCGGCGUUCUGAUGGUGGGUGGUCCUUCCACCAAACAACGCCACAGCCUUCAGUCGACCUCCAACGCGAGGCGACGACGUCGACUAUGUUCCGCUUGUGCCCAAGUCAAGGAGGCACGAAGGAGAAGAAGCUCCGUCCUGGGGAACUAACGACGCGCGGGUACGUCGAGCCUGACGUCGAGGGCAACCCUCCUCCUGCGUACUACCAUGACGAAAGCGUGUUCAGCGAUAGCACGAGUAACGCCGCGUGAACGCGACUUCUGGAUGAUGAUUGCUCAUAGUCAUGCGCUCGCUAUACACCUAUGAUGUCCCCUCACGCUAUGUUUUGCACCAUGCUAUACGCUGCUCGCCAACACGCUAUCGGAUCGCCCAUGCUCUCUAUGCGUAUUUAUCGGACGCAGUAAUUGCCGCUCAUUUGUAUCUAUCCCCUACCCCUCUUCUCCUCCGUUCUCUUCAAAGUCGCAAGCUCCCUCUGUCCUAAAGGAUUCGGGAGUCAGUUGUAGCCAAAACCGCUCGAUCUCGAAGUUGAGACGCGUUCCCUCGGGCUACGUCCGUUCUUUUGAUUCUAUUUAUCGUAGAUUCAAUCCUCUUCGCCUUAGAGCGCAGACGCGCUGAUUUCUCUUUUGAACGCACUUGAAGUAGCACUUAUGUAGUUGUAUCCGGAUAAUUGUUGUCUGGUGCUU